CCUAAGAAGUUGCCUGUUGGGAAGGUAUUUACAGUUAAACAAACCUUAAAAAUAAGAGACAGGUAAGAAUCAUACAUAUUUUAAUGUAUAAGUAUGAUUGUGAAGCAUCAUCUUUACAGGCCUGCAUGGAGCUUUUUAGCUAACUAGCAGCCUUGUCAAGAAAAGAACCCAACCUUCUGUUUUAUCCAUUUCUCAUAUAGAUAAGAACUCUCAUUUGUACCAAAGAUAUGCACCUCCUGGUCCUUGGAUUUAUAGACUUCCCUUCACUGCUUUUUAGGUUCCUGAAAUCCCCUAGUACUUUUCUUGUUCAAAACAGCUUUUUCCUUAUCCAAAAAACAAACAGCAACACAGAUGGCUAAGGAGCAAAUGAAGCCUAUUGCCACUCUUCUUUUGGGGCUGAACUUCUGCAUGUAUGCCAUAGUUUUGGGCAUUGGUGGAUGGGCCAUGAACAGAGCAAUAGAUCAUGGUUUUAUUAUAGGUCCAGAAUUAAAACUACCGGCACACUUUUCACCCUUGUUCUUCCCAAUGGGAAAUGCAUCCACUGGAUUCUUUGUCACAUUUGCUUUGCUUGCUGGAGUGGUUGGUGCUGCAUCAGCAAUUUCAGGAAUCAAUCAUAUCCAGUCAUGGACUGCUGAGAGCUUGCCAUCUGCAGCUUCAGUUGCUACAAUGGCUUGGACUCUUACACUCCUGGCCAUGGGCUUUGCCUGGAAAGAGAUUGAGCUUCAUAUCAGAAAUGCACGCCUGAAAACCAUGGAGGCUUUUAUAAUUAUACUUUCAGCUACACAGCUUUUCUACAUAGUUGCUAUUCACAGUGCUGCUGCGUAUAGAAGAAAAACUUGAAGGUUGAAGGAAUUUUUUUUUUGUUGGCCAAGAAGGAUUGUAUUGGUGUGCUUGUAUUUUUCUCUCCCUCUCUUGCUUUUUUUUUUUCUCUUUGGUUUAUGUAUUUUUUCUGUCGGUCCAAUCAAGACUUUUAAUUCAUAUAAGUUAAAGGAGAAUUAGCAUUGUGGUGUGAUUUGAAUGAUUGGAAUUUGGAUUUGUAUGAAUCAAGAAUGUCAUUUACAAGAGCAAUAAAGGAGAACACUAUCUUUACUUUUCUA